AUGAAAAAUCAGACAUCAGUGAUAGAAUUCAUCCUUCUGGGACUGACAGAUGACCCAGAGCUACAGACCUUGAUAUUCCUCUUUCUGUUUCUCACCUACAUACUGAGUGCAACUGGCAACCUGACCAUCAUUACCCUCACCAUGUUGGACUCUCGCCUCAAGACUCCCAUGUAUUUCUUCCUCAGGAACUUCUCCUUCUUAGAAAUCUCAUUUACAACUCUUUGCAUUCCUAGAUUUCUGGUCAGUAUAGUAACUAAAGUAAAAACAAUUUCUUAUAAUUCUUGUAUGGCCCAAGUAUUCUUUUUUAUCCUCCUUGGUGCAACAGAAUUUUUUCUGCUAGCAGCCAUGUCCUAUGACCGCUAUGUGGCCAUCUGCAAACCCCUACACUACACAACCAUAAUGAGCCCCAAAGUAUGUUGGCAGCUUAUAAUCAGCUCUUGGCUGGCAGGUUUUCUCAUAAUCUUUCCACCAGUUAUCAUGGGCCUCCAGCUGGAUUUCUGUGAUUCCAAUGUCAUUGAUCACUUCACCUGUGAUUCUUCUCCAAUGCUGAUGAUCUCUUGCACAGACACCAAGAUCUUAGAGGUCCUGAGUUUUUUCUUGGCUGUAUUUACACUCAUGUUGACUUUGGCAUUAGUGAUUCUCUCUUAUGCAUACAUCCUUAGAACCAUUCUGAGAAUUCCCUCCUCCCAGCAAAGAAAAAAGGCCUUUUCCACUUGUUCUUCCCACAUGAUUGUUGUCUCCAUCUCUUAUGGAAGCUGCAUCUUCAUGUAUGUCAAACCCUUGGCAAAGGAAGGGGUGCCUAUGACCAAAGGGGUAGCAGUGCUGAAUACCUCUGUGGCUCCCAUGCUGAACCCUUUCAUUUAUACCCUAAGGAACCAGCAAGUGAAAAAAGCCUUUAAGGAUAUGGUCAGAAAGAUUUUUUUCUGA